UUUCUCAAUGGCCGUACGGGCCACAGGCAUGGCCGCCACUGGCAUUUGUGGACCACAGGGCGGCUGAGAGAGAAACCCUAGUUGUAGAGCUUUCCUCGCGCAGGCGCGCGCUAGGGCAGCCUAGGGUUUUGGGAAUGGCAGGGCCCCUGCAAGGUCCAGCAGCAGGAUCGCUGGAUCGGACUCCCUACGGCACAGGUCGCGGCGCUGCUGCUGGAGGGAAGAUCAGGUCGGCGCGGCACCACCAGAAUUUCAAUCAGGAUCAUCAGGUCUCCAAGCCCGGGGGAGUGAGGAGAGGGCCGUAUGACAGGCCCGUAGGGCGGAAUCCUCCGCAGCCGGCGGCUCGGCGAGGUGCUUGGAUUGGAUCCAGGAUUCUCAGCGGCGCUUCGUCCUUCUUGUCUUCCCUCUUCCGCCGGGACGGCGACGAGACGCUUGCGCUGCCGGCGCCGCCACCGCCGCAAUCUUAUCAGGAGGGUUUAGUGAAUCACGAUGUGAAUUUUGGGGGCUCGGGAGACCAGAUUGAGGAUUUGCUCAAGGACCGGAUUUUUACAAGGGAGCAAUGUGACCGCUUUAUCAAGGUUUUGCAGUCCAAGCUCCAGCCCACUAUUCCUAAUGGUCUUGUUGGUGAUCGAGAUCAGCGCUACCCAGAGGAUGAGCUGGAAAGAGAACGGGAGAAUGAAGGGGAACGAGAUCGACUUGCGCAAAGGAACAUGGACCAUCAUGAAGACAGUGGGUCUUCGCCUGUUGACAUCGCCAAGGCUUACAUGGAUAAGCGUUUGUCACCUGUUCCUGCGUCUGUAUUUCCUAUUAGAACUUUGGACUAUGAGCGUACACAUGAAGAGUACCGAGCUACUACUCCUCGAGUGGCUCCGACACCGCUUUCUCAUAUCAGAAUAGCUACGCCGGGGCAUACACCAUAUGUAAGACUGCCCAAACAACGCCCAAACAACGUGCGUGCGACUCCAUAUCCUGUGGAGAAAAAGAGACGUGUGGACGAUGAGCUAGAAUACACUGGGCGUCGUACAAAGUUGAAAAUGACUCCAGCAAAUGGCCCGCCUGUUUCGCUACUGCCGAGCGCGUCCAACGGAGGCUUCGCUGGUAGUUAUUCCGAUCGAAUGAAAAAUCUUCAAAGAAAGAGAUGGGAGAAACGGAGUAAAGAAGAUUCUGCAGCGGCCGUGCCAAUGCAAUCGUCAGAAACAGCCAGGAGAAUUCUUGAGACACUCGAAAUCUUGACACCGCCGAAGGUCAUGUCUCUAGAGGAAGAACUUGCUGUCGUCAGGGAGAAGCGGCCAAAGGAACUAUCACCUUCGAUGAUGAGCGAGCAGGCACGAAAAACUGAGCUGACUUUGGAAUGCCCGCUUUCCGACGCUUUACAAGAUCAUUCUCCCAGCCACCGUGCUACUGAAACUGGAGAGCCAUCGUCAUCAGCAGCCCCAGUAACAACGUCGGCUGAGCCAGCUGAAAACGAUGCUAAGGGUAAAGCGGUUACGACGUCACCCGAGCUAAGUUCUCGUCCGUGGUCGCCUGUCUCGGCACAAAUGACCAAAGGAUUUCGUAUGAAUGCCGCUAUGGAGGAGUCCAAUUCUGAUGAUGAGGUCCAACCGAUAGCAACCCCAGCAGUGUCUACACCCUCCGAAACAAAAACAACACAACUUUUUGCAUCUCCAAGCUCUGUAGCUGACAGUAAGCCAUCUUCUCCGCCUUUGGCCACUCUUACUGUACCGGCGGCCGAAAGCAAGAGUAUGUUUGCAUUUUCUACCGCGCCAGCGGCAGAGAAGAAAGCAACUUUUGAGGUGCAGAAUACUCAGACGUCGUCGCUUUUAUUUACAACUUCUCCAGCAACCAGUACGGCUGCAGAAACGAAGUCAACUCAACUAUUUGGAUUUGCAACUGACAGUAAACCAGCAUUUGCGCUUGCAGCAACUUCUACUGUUGCAGCGACCGAAGGCAAGGCUACUGUUGCGUUUCCUAGCACAGCAGUGGCAGAGAAGAAGCUAUUCGCUGGGUUCGAGAGUUCUCAUUCGACAGCACCUUCAUUCACAGCUGCAAGUAAAUCGGGUCCUCUAUUUAUGGCAACGACAGAGACAAAAUCAACUCAACCAUUUGGAUCUUCGAAUGACAGUGGGACACUGUUUGCAUUUGGCGCAGCUUCUACUGCACCGGUGGCUGAGAGCAGAGGUGCCUUUGGAUUCUCUAGCGUUCCAGUGGUGGAGAAGAAAUCAGCGUCCGAGUUUCCGACGCAGGAGAUUAAAUCAUUUACCACUCCUUCAGCUGUCAGUAAAGCCGUCGAAACGAAAUCAACUCCGCUUUUCGCAUCGUCAAGCUCUGCAACGGACUUUACUCCUUCCACAACCACUCCUGCAAUGCCGGCAGCUGAAAGCAAGGCUACUUUCGCAUUCUCGAGCGCUCCAGUGGCGGAGAACAAAGCGAGCUUCGAGUUUUUGGCCUCUCAGACAUCAGAGACAAAGCCGGCUUUUUCAUUCAUCGCCACUCCAGCAUCAGCUACAGGUAAACCGGCGUUUGCACCCGUCCCGGCAGCUGAAAGCAAGCCGGCCUUUUCAUUUACGAACGCGCCACCAGCGGAAAAGAAGGCAGGCUUUGAGUUUGGAGGCGUAACAGCGCCGGCAUCUUUCACCUUUGGUUCCAACACAAACACCAGCCCGAGUAUCUUCGGCAUAGCUUCCUCAGCACCUUCUCCCACCACAGGCACGAGCUCUGCCUUGGGAACCGGGGACAUGGAACAGGACAUGGCCGAAGAGCCCGCGAGUGCUGUCCAGACGUCGCAGCCUGUAGCGUUCGGCAACACUCCGGUCCCGGCGGCUCAACCGUUCGUGUUUGGAAGUCCACCAGCACUGCCAACGUUUGGAGCGGCGUCGGCUCCCGACUUUGGUGCUCAGCAGACAUCGGCACCGGCAUUUGGAGGCUUUGGAUCGCAGCCAUUUAGUUCUCAGUCUUCACCUUUCGGAGCUGCGGCUACUUCCGGCAGUGCUACCACCCCAGCGUCGGUUCAACCCUUCGUGUUUGGAAGCUCUCCGCCAGCACCAGCGUUUGGAGCGGCGUCAGCGCCUAGCUUUGGUGGUGGCAGUCCGCAAGCCAACCCGUUUGCGUCGCAGCCGCCGUUUGGUUCUCAGCCUUCGAUCUUCGGCGCCCAGCAACCGGGGGCUGGAGCUACCCCGGCCGCUCCGGUGUUUGGAUCUCAACCAGCAGGGGCGAAUCCAUUCAGUGGCUUUAGCGGAUUUACAGUGGGAGCAGGGAAUGCAGAUGGCGAGCAGCGGACGAGGAAGCUUUUCAAGGCGAAGAGGACGGGUGCUUCGAAGAGGGGGAAGUGAGAGGAAGAGGAACAGGAAAUGGUGGUGGUGGCGGUGGCGGUGGCGACGGUGGCAGUGAUUCUGGCUGGAGCUUAACAGGGAAGAAGAGAGGACGCUGGUUUUUCAGGCAGGACUGACUCUUGAUCGAUCGAGCUAGCGAAGUUCCAGCGAAGAAAACUCUCUCGAUCGUUCGAGCUAGCGAAAAUCCGGAGAGAGAGCUAUUUUGCAGAGGUUGUCAUGUUGAUUGGAAAGUAAGCUAUAGUUUUUUUAAAUGAGAAUGGAUGGAUCCGCUAUGAUUUUCUUGGCC